AAAAUGGCGGCGCCCACAAGUGAGUCGAGUUGACGCUUUAACCGACGUUUGUGUUUCCCUCUGAAGCGGACGCGACCUGUUCGGGUAGAGAUGGAGGCGGCAGGAGAAGAAGAACCGGACCGGAUCCGGCUGAAGUCCAUCAAGAACCUUCAGACCUUCACGGUGCCUCAGGACGACCGGUUCGGAAGCUGCAGAAGCGUCCGGGAGUUUGAGAAGUUCAACCGAAUCGGAGAAGGGACGUACGGCAUCGUGUACCGAGCCCGAGACACCAAGUCCAACGAGAUUGUUGCUUUGAAAAAGGUCCGAAUGGACAAAGAGAGAGAUGGCGUCCCCAUCAGCAGCCUGAGAGAGAUCACUCUGCUGCUGAGGCUGAGGCAUCCCAACAUCGUGGAGCUGAAGGAGGUGGUCGUCGGCAGCCAGCUGGAGAGUCUGUUCCUGGUGAUGAGUUACUGUGAACAGGACCUGGCCAGUUUGCUGGAGAACAUGCAGACACCGUUCUCUGAGGCUCAGGUGAAAUGUAUUGUCCUACAGCUGCUCCGAGGUUUGGAGUAUCUCCACCACAACUUCAUAAUUCACAGGGACCUGAAGGUGUCUAAUCUGCUGAUGACAGACAACGGCUGCGUAAAGAUCGCUGACUUUGGGCUGGCGAGGAUGUACGGUAUCCCACAGCAGCCCAUGACCCCCCGAGUGGUCACCCUGUGGUACAGAAGCCCAGAGCUCCUCCUAGGGACCAAGAGCCAAACUACAGCUCUAGACAUGUGGGCGGUGGGCUGCAUCCUGGCUGAGCUGCUGGCUCACAAGCCUCUGCUGCCUGGAACCUCUGAGAUCCAGCAGGUGGACCUGGUCGUCCAGCUGCUGGGGACGCCCAACGAGAACAUCUGGCCGGGUUUCUCUCAGCUGCCCCUCGUGGGUCAGUACAGUCUGAGGAAGCAGCCGUACAACAACCUGAAGAAUAAGUUCACCUGGUUGUCUGAGGCGGGACACAGACUGCUCAACCUGCUGUUCAUGUACAACCCACAGCGCAGAGCGACGGCCAAAGACAGUCUGGAGAGUUCCUACUUCAAAGAGAAGCCUCUGCCCUGUGAACCGGAGCUGAUGCCGACCUUCCCGCAUCAUCGCAACAAACGAGCUGCUCCUCGAGCAGAGAGCCACAGCAAGCGCAGCAAAGUGUGAAGAGGAUGAAGAGGAUGAUGAUGAUGAUGAAGAUGACGUAGUUCCUCCGUCCACACGGGUGAACCUGGAUCUGCUCCUCAGGACGCUUCAGUGGAUUGAGGACGAUUCAGAUUCAAAACGUUCACACAGAUCAGAGCAGGACUGAAGAGUUCAGUAGAACCGUGAACUGCUUAUCAGAACAAUAUAAAUAUCUUCAAUGCUUCUGGAUUAGUUCUUAAAUCCAUAUCGCUGCCAAUGUCUGUGCUUGGAGGAGCUGUAGUAAGGGGCAGAGCGGUCGUCUUCUAGCUCGGCAGUUCGAUCCCCAGUCUGACCCAUCUGGUGCCAAAGUGUCCUUGGGCAAGAUGCUGAACCCUGACUGCUAACAGAUGCACGGCGUGAAUGUGUGUGUGAAUGGCAAACUGCAAAGUGCUUUGAGUCAUCAAGACUAGAAAAGAUCUUUAUUAAUAGAAACCAUUUAUUCUGUUUGAGGAGGAUGUGUUCAGGGACAUCGUGGAGCUGUAGGACAUCUGAGUUCUAUCAGUUCACCUGGUUCUGUCCAACAAGGCCCUGUUCACACCUGGAAUCAACAUCUGUCCUGUGUGAUCCGAACACAGUGGGCAGCGCUGAGUUCAGGUGUGAUGGACCCAAGACGUGUUGAGGACACAUCUGCUGAUGUAAAAUACUUUUACUUCAUUUCUGCAUAGUGACAGGAAGUUAAGCAUCUUUGUUUACAGUCUUUGUUUCUAUGGUGUUGAACUUUUCCUAAAACUGUAAUUUACUGUAAAUAAUCUGUGGCCUCGUCCGUAGAAAUCAGAGCAUGUGACACUGAUCAUGUGACACUGAUCAUGUGACACUGAUCAUGUGACACUGAUCAUGUGACACUGAUCAUGUGACUGUUAGAGCCGCUAAACGUGUUCAAACCAUAAACAUGAGAAAAAUGUCAAA